UGUCACUACAUGAACACUCAGACCUACACACUUACCGUUUCACUUGUUCUCAGAAGCAUGCUUGUAUUCAGAUUUGUAGAAUUUGUGUAGGAUCUGCCUCUCUAUACUCAGGUGGAUGGCCAGCUGCUGAUUCCUCUUCGAGCAGGAAACCUAGAUGUGCGACGUGUUCACUGCCACUAACAAUGACCAUGACCCUUCACACAAAAACCUCCGGGGUUGCCUUACUGCACCAAAUACAAGGCAACGAAUUAGAGCCUCUUGCCAGACCACAGCUGAAGAUUCCUCUGGAACGACCGAUCAGUGAAAUGUAUGUGGACAGCAGCAAGACUGGGGGGUUUAACUACCCAGACGGCGCUGCCUAUGAUUUUGCCACCGCUGCUCCAGUGUACAGCUCCACCAGCCUCAGUUAUGCCCCUACGACCGAAUCAUUUGGGUCCAGCAGCCUGGGAGGAUUUCAUUCCCUGAACAACGUUCCUCCAAGCCCUGUCGUCUUUUUACAGUCGGCCCCCCAACUUUCGCCUUUUAUUCAUCACCACAGCCAACAGGUACCUUAUUACCUGGAGAAUGAGCCGAGCAGUUAUGCCAUGAGAGAAGCUGCUCCCACAGCGUUCUACAGGCCUGGCUCGGAGAACAGACGUCACAAUGGCAGAGAGCGAAUGUCUAGCACCGGUGAAAAGGGAAACCUGUCUAUGGAAUCCACCAAGGAGACCCGCUAUUGUGCUGUUUGCAAUGAUUAUGCCUCUGGCUACCAUUAUGGGGUUUGGUCCUGUGAGGGCUGUAAAGCCUUCUUUAAAAGGAGCAUUCAAGGUCAUAAUGACUACAUGUGUCCUGCUACCAACCAGUGCACUAUUGACAAGAACAGAAGGAAAAGCUGCCAGGCUUGUCGACUCCGAAAAUGCUAUGAAGUUGGAAUGAUGAAAGGUGGAAUUCGAAAAGAUCGCAGAGGUGGCCGAAUACUGAAGCACAAACGUCAAAGAGAGGAACAUGAUAGCAGAAACACAGGCACAGUAGCAGAGGCAAGGAGCCCAAAUCUUUGGCCAAGUCCACUAAUGAUCAAACAUAGCAAAAAAAACAGUCCAGCCCUCUCUCUAUCUGCAGACCAGAUGGUUUCUGCUUUGCUAGAGGCAGAACCUCCUGUUGUCUAUUCAGAAUAUGAUCCUAACAGACCUUUCAAUGAAGCUUCGAUGAUGACAUUAUUGACCAACCUUGCUGAUCGAGAACUGGUCCAUAUGAUCAACUGGGCCAAAAGAGUUCCAGUUACAACUACAUCUCAAGGCUCUAAUUUCAGCCUGGGAGAUAUACUGAUUGCCUUCCAGGCUGGAAGACACCAGAACCU